UCUGUCUCUUGGGAUUUUACCUAAAGUGAUUUAGAAAUAUCGUCUACAAACUCUACACAGUUUUUUUUUUUUAAUUAUGUAAUAAAUUUUAUUUCGAUGGAAGACUUUCAAAGAACCUUGGUCAGCUCUUGUGUAAAAGUUUACUUGUGCACCAAUCCUGAAGAUUCUGUGGAGGAGAGAAGAUCUCUCAGGGAGGAUGUUUUCCCAAGAGUGAGAGACUACUGCCGAUGUGCUCAUGGUUUGGAGUUCAGGGUAAUCGACCCAUAUGAGGGGCUUGAACUGCAGGACGUGUUGGACCCCAGGGGACAGCAGGUCCGGCUGCAGCUGCUGGAGGAUUGCAGGAAGACCUCUGCCGGACCUUUCCUUGUGGCCCUGGUUGGGAGGCAAUAUGGUAGCACAGGCCUCCCUGUGCAGGUGGAGGUCUCUGAGUUCCAGCAAAUUCUGCAGACUGGCCAGCAGAUGGGUAUAGACACCCAGGUCCUGGAACGCUGGUACUGCAGAGACGAGAACAACGUACCGCCUUCCUUCUGCCUCUUUGACCAUCGCCAUCAUGAUCAGGCAGAGGUAAAAGCCAGCAAAAUUCAUCUGCAAGAUGUGUACCAGGAAAUGAGGAUCAUUUUUCACACCAUUGUGACAAGAUGCAUCCAGGAAGGAAAUAUAACCUCAGAAAAGGCACAGAAAUAUUUCAGAUCAGCUCUUGAUGAAGAACUGCACUUUGCAUUGGAAAAUCGUUCCAAGGAGGACAUUGCAAGAUGCCUCUGCUAUGUCUACAAAAUCACCAGGAAGCAAUGCCGAAGAAAGCCCCUUAUAGACCUUAACCCUAAUCUGAAGGCCUCUUCUGAUGAUCCUCUAAGCAAUCUCCGUGACCACUUCCUGCCUGGUCUUGUCACUUCCUGUCAGCUCCAGGUGUACACUACCACCUCAGUAAGUGAGCUGCAUUCAGGUGACACCACCGAGAUGAGGAGGUGGUACACUGAAGGAUUGUGCCAGCAGCUCUACAAAGAUCUGCUGAACCUCAUCAACUCUACUGCUGCCAGGAAGAGGCAUCGCUUUGAUGAUGCACUUUCUCAGGAGCUUGUGCAGCAGGCCAACCUGUGCCAUAUCUACUCCAGUCUUUACAGAGUCAAUUGUGAAGAGGUCCAGCAUGUCAAAGCCUACCUGCAGCAGAAAGAGACAGAAUAUCCACUCGUCCUCUUCGGGGGGCCUUGUACUGGCAAAACCGUACUUCUGGCUUAUUGCGCCAGUCAAGUAAGUGAGUAAAUGUAACAUUCUAUGUACUGUC